AUGUCGACACCCCAUAGGGGCUUGCCUCCGCCGGCGGCCAUGACAUUGCCACCUCAGCCUUCCUCGAUCAGCCAGCCAGUAUUAAGCCAACCCCUCUUAAGCCAGACUCAAUUGCCUCAGCCCAUGGGACAACUACCUGGUCCUCCACAGCAAUGGCAAGGCGCGGAAGAAUCAAUGAGGAACUGGCUGCAUGCAAAAGCCGAAGAAGACAAGCGGAAGCAAGAAGAAGAGAAGACGCGGCAGGAAUCACUGCGGUUAGAACAAAGAAAAAUCGAGCAAGACAUGUUGAGAACGUCGCUAGCGGGAGGUAUCCCGCCCUAUAUGAUUCCAAUGGUGUUUGCGGGGAUGGGGGGCGGAAAUCUUCCAAAUGCCAGCUUGGAGUGGGCACAACAUUACAUGGCACAGGCACACCACCUUCAGCAGCAGCCGCAACAAAUUCCGCAGCAACCGCAACUUCUACCUUCCCAAGUGCAGACUUCGCCCGAGCAGAUCCAGCGGCGGAACUCUCGAGGACACGGACAGCCUCCUGCUACGCAGCAAAAUCCAGUUCCAAUGACUUUGCCUUCCACCCCAAUAGGCCCUUCAGGAUCUCAGCAACCCGCGAGCUUUCUGCCGAGCUAUCCAUUAUCACCAGCGUCACGAUCUCGACAAAACACGCAAGCGCAGACAACGAUUGUGCGGCCGUCCCCAACGUCUCAGCUUCCUAGGCUGAAUACGGGAGAACUGCACAUCCAACCACCACCGCCAGGACCCGGCAUGCAAAUAUUACCUGGCCAGCCAAGCCACCCAUUGCAACAAACGCAGUCCGUCCAGCAGCAAGAGUCGCAAACUUCCCCAUCUAUCUACUUUCACCAUUGGCAACCGCCCACCUCACAGGCAGGAACGAGUGGUGGCAAUCAGCCGGCAACUCCUUCAGGCAAGCCUCGAUAG